GACACUCGAGAAGGCACACGAGGCGGAAAAGUGGACGGGUGCCCCGCGCCACCGCCUCUCCCGAGGGCGCGUACUGACCAGGAUGUCAGACAAGCUCAAGGAACGCAAAAGAACCCCCGUUUCUCAUAAAGUGAUAGAAAAGCGGAGGAGGGACAGGAUCAACCGCUGCUUGAACGAGCUGGGCAAGACAGUGCCCAUGGCCCUGGCGAAGCAGAGUUCCGGGAAGCUGGAGAAGGCGGAGAUCCUCGAGAUGACCGUUCAGUACCUGAGAGCACUGCACUCCGCUGAUUUUCCCCGGGGAAGGGAAAAAGCAGAACUUCUAGCGGAGUUUGCAAACUACUUCCACUAUGGCUACCACGAAUGCAUGAAGAACCUAGUGCAUUACCUCACCACGGUGGAGCGGAUGGAGACCAAGGACACCAAAUACGCGCGCAUCCUCGCCUUCUUGCAGUCCAAGGCCCGCCUGGGCGCGGAGCCAGCCUUUCCGCCGCUGGGUUCGCUCCCGGAGCCGGAUUUCUCCUAUCAGCUGCACCCUGGGGGGCCCGAAUUCGCCGGCCACAGCCCGGGCGAAGCCGCUGUGUUCCCGCAGGGCUCUGGUGCCGGGCCUUUCCCCUGGCCGCCUGGCGCGGCCCGCAGCCCCGCGCUGCCCUACCUGCCCAGCGCGCCAGUGCCUCUUGCGAGCCCAGCGCAGCAGCACAGCCCCUUCCUGACGCCGGUGCAGGGCCUGGACCGGCAUUACCUCAACCUGAUCGGCCACGCGCACCCCAACGCCCUUAACCUGCACACGCCCCAGCACCCCCCGGUGCUCUGACGCCCACUCGCCCGCCAGAUUUCUCCGCGCUU